UAUUUACCAUGAAGUUAUUGUCAUUGGUUGGUUUUGGGUUUCUCCUUCUGUUGAAUGGGUCUCAGGCGGAUCUUAAUGGAAGAAAUCUACCUUCUGGCACAUGUGUAUGUUCAACAGCAAACACUGGUCUUAAUGUACGAAAUAAUGGUGGUCUCAAAACCAGCGUAAUAGGAUCUUUACCCAAUGGACAGUGCGUAAAAUACACUGGACGAAAACAAACGAAAGAUGGUUACGUCUGGUAUUCUAUCGCAUUCAAUGGAAGAACAGGUUGGGUAGCAGGAAAGUAUCUCAAUCAAGCGCCAGCCAGUAGAUGUGGCAAAGGUGGAGGUGGAAGCGUCGGUGGUGGCGGGCGAGGAUGCGCUGCGAUUGUUUCAAGAGCAGGUUGGGGAGCACGGGCAGCGAGAGCCAGAUCAGUUAUGCGAACUCCAGUCAAAAUGGUAUUCAUCCAUCACACAGCGGGAACAUUCUGUAACACGAGGGAUAGUUGUAUAAGUCAGGCGAAGGGGAUUCAGAUUUUUCACAUGAACAGUAGAGGAUGGUCUGAUAUUGGCUACAGCUUCCUGGUUGGUGAGGAUGGUAAUGCAUACGAAGGUCGUGGGUUCAGCACCCAAGGUGCACACACAAGAGGCUAUAACUCACAAGCCAUCGCGAUCUCAUUCAUAGGCAACUUCGAAAAUAGGUGCCCCAACGCCGUUGCCGAUAGAGCUGCAAAGGACGUCAUUGCAUGUGGAAUCUCCAGAGGUUACAUAAGUCCGACUUACGAACUCUUUGGUCACCGAGAUGCUGGUUGCACGACAUGUCCAGGAAGAUGCCUGUAUUCAAGCAUACAGAGUUGGCAAAGAUUCAGUAGGAGGAGUUUGAAGAAGAAUUGCUGAAUGCCUUAAAAAUGAAUGACAUUAGUGAAACAAUGAUUACGAACAUUAGCGUCGACUUCGACAUUUUAUUUUUCUUUGAAUUAAACUAGUUGAGCUUUGUCAUGGACAUUUGCCUUUUCUCACGUCCAUGCCACACUUGCUUGACUUUAAAACUGUAAUCUGAUAAAUACUUCAUAUA